AUGGCCAGGUGGAGUGUGUGGCGUAGCCCUGUGAUGUUGCCCCUCUCCUGGACAGAGGUGCUGACAACAUCAGGAGUUCGCUGCAACAGCAGUAUGCCGGUGGUCAGACAGGUGUACCCGGAAAGCAGCAGCAUUGUCAGGCCUUUCAGUGAGAUUCCUGGGCUGUGGAAGAAUGGAGCAGCCAACUUGUACAAUUUCUGGAAACUGGAUGGCUUCAGAAAUCUUCACCGUAUCAUGUUGCAGAACUUCAACACAUUUGGACCCAUUUACAGAGAAAAAAUAGGUUACUAUGACAGUGUAAAUAUUAUCAACCCUGAGGAUGCUGCCAUCCUGUUCAAAGCAGAGGGACAUUAUCCUAAAAGGCUGAAAGUUGAAGCGUGGACAUCAUACAGAGACUACAGGAAUCGCAAAUAUGGAGUUUUACUAAAAAGUGGAGAAGACUGGAGAUCAAAUCGGGUAAUUCUCAACAAGGAGGUGAUCUCUCCGAAGGUGCUGGAAAACUUUGUGCCUUUGCUGGAUGAAGUGGGCAAUGAUUUUGUGGCCAGAAUACACAAGAAGAUAAACCGAAAUGGCCACAACAAAUGGACCACAGACCUCUCUCAAGAACUCUUUAAAUAUGCACUAGAAUCGGUGAGCUCAGUGCUGUACGGUGAGCGUCUGGGUUUGAUGCUGGACUACAUUGAUCCUGAAGCUCAACAUUUCAUUGACUGUAUCACCCUCAUGUUCAAGACUACCUCACCCAUGCUGUACAUACCUCCUGGGCUACUCAGGCGGAUUGGAGCAAAAGUGUGGCGGGACCAUGUUGAGGCCUGGGAUGGCAUCUUCAGCCAAGCGGACCGCUGCAUCCAGAACAUCUACAGGCAGUUACGUCAGGAGAAUGACAAUCAAAAGAAAUACCCAGGAGUCCUGGCCAGCCUGCUCAUGCUGGACAAGCUGUCCAUUGAAGACAUCAAGGCCAGUGUCACUGAACUAAUGGCUGGAGGAGUUGAUACGACUUCUAUAACUUUGCUGUGGACAUUGUAUGAACUGGCCAGACACCCCAACCUCCAGGAGGAGCUGAGGGCGGAGGUUGCUGCUGCCCGAGCUGAAAGCCAGGGAGACAUGAUGGCGAUGCUGAAGCGGAUUCCCUUAGUCAAGGGGGCUCUGAAGGAAACCCUGAGGUUACAUCCAGUUGCAGUGAGCUUGCAAAGAUACACAGCAGAAGAUAUCAUUAUUCAAAACUACCACAUUCCAGCUGGGACUCUGGUCCAGUUGGGAUUGUACGCAAUGGGAAGAGAUCCCAAGGUGUUUUUCCGCCCGGAGCAAUAUCUGCCCUCCCGCUGGCUGAGGACAGAGACCCACUACUUCAGGAGCCUGGGCUUUGGAUUUGGCCCACGUCAGUGUUUAGGACGCAGAAUAGCUGAGACAGAGAUGCAAAUCUUCCUUAUCCAUAUGCUUGAGAACUUCAGAGUGGAGAAACAGCGUCAUGUGGAAGUGCAGAGUACCUUUGAGCUUAUUCUCUUACCAGAUAAGCCCAUAAUGUUGACUUUGAAGUCCUUACACAAUAGUCGGUAA